GUAGGUGGGCCUCAGGCGGCGGUGACAAAUCAGGCGACCUCUGCAGCUCGAGGCGGUUUCUGUGGGUCUUCAGUGGCCGGGGGCAGGCGCCUCGGCAGGCCCAGAGGGCUGUGGGCUGGGCGGGGCCGGCUGACCGCGCUGGGAGUGAGUCUCCGCACCGUCAGGGCUUCCACUGGGCAGGGCCAGCUGUUAAUCCUGCCAAGCGGACACCGGGGCGGGAGGACACGGGCCUUAUAGGUGGCGACCGUGGAUGAGAAACACUCCGCGCAGGUGAAAGGGUGGCGGCGAGAGGGAGUUCCCACCUGUUGAAUUCUUAAAGAAAUGAAGACAAGAAAAUAGCAAGGAGGGGCCGAUCGGUGUCUUCGGACUCGCCUGGAGCCCCACCCUCGACCAGAGGAAAAGCCCCUCGGGUGGCGGCGGGCGCUUCAGAGAAAGCGAGAGGAAAAGCGCUCCCCACGCGCUCGCCCGGACCCCGGCGCCCGGACCCAGCCCGCGCCCGGCGGAGCCCUCUGCCCGGCCAGCGGCGGGCCCGCGCGCUCCCGGAGCGGAGCCCUCUGCAGGCUGCUCCUGCUGACCCUCACGAUCUUAACACCUGCCUGUGAUGCCUGCAAACCAGUGAGACUGUAUGUUCCUUCCAAACUGGAUGCUGCGAAAUUCAUUGGUAGAGUCAACCUGGAGGAGUGCUUUAAAUCUGCAAAUCUAAUUCAUUCAAGUGACCCAGAUUUCCACGUUUUAGAAGACGGAUCAGUCUAUACAACAAAUGCUGUUGUUUUAUCCUCAGAGAAGAGAGAAUUUAUCGUAUUACUUUUGGACACAGAGAGCCAAGAAGAGAAGACAAUUUCUGUCUUCUUAGAGACGCAAAUAAGGGUACAAGAGGAAAAACAUUCUACAGAAAAACUUCUAAGACGUGCCAAGAGAAGAUGGGCUCCUAUUCCUUGUUCAAUGCUGGAGAAUUCUUUGGGUCCGUUCCCACUUUUCCUUCAACAGAUCCAAUCUGACACUGCCCAAAACUACACUAUAUAUUAUUCCAUCAGUGGGCCUGGAGUUGACCAACAGCCUCGAAAUUUAUUUUAUGUGGAGAGAGAUACUGGAAACCUGUACUGUACAGGCCCCGUAGAUCGUGAGCAGUAUCAGUCUUUUCAGCUGGUGGCCUUUGCGACAACUCCGGAUGGGUACACACCAGAACAGCCACUGCAGCUAGUAAUCAAAAUAGAGGAUGAAAAUGAUAACUACCCGAUUUUUACAGAGACAACAUACACUUUCACAGUUUUUGAAAACUGCAGAGUUGGCACUACUGUGGGACAGGUUUGUGCAACUGACAGAGACGAGCCUGACACGAUGCACACGCGUCUAAAGUACUCAAUCCUCGAGCAGCAGCCAUCGCGACCCACGCUUUUUACUAUGCAUCCCUCCACGGGCGUGAUCACCACAACACUGUCUCAGCUUGACAGAGAGGUAAUUGAUAAAUACCAGUUGAAAAUAAAAGUACAAGACAUGGAUGGCCAACAUUUUGGUUUGCAGACAACUGCAACUUGUAUCAUAAAUAUCGGGGAUGUGAACGACAACUUGCCAACAUUUACCCGCACUUCUUAUGUGACAUCAGUGGAAGAAAACACAGUUGAUGUGGAAAUCUUACGUGUUACUAUUCAGGAUAAAGAUUUAGCUAAUACUGCUAAUUGGAGAGCUAACUACACCAUUUUAAAGGGCAAUGAAAAUGGAAAUUUUAAAAUUAUAACAGAUCCCAAAACCAAUGAAGGCGUUCUGUGUGUAGUCAAGCCACUGGAUUACGAAGAAAGACAACAGGUGACCCUGGAAAUUGGGGUAACUAAUGAAGCUCCAUAUAUCAGAGAGGCUACUUCAAAAUCAGCCAUGAGCACAGCAACAGUUACAGUUACGGUCAAAAAUCAGGACGAGGGUCCUGAAUGCAGACCUCCAGCACAGACUGUUCGGAUAAAAGAAAAUGUACCAGUGGGGACCCGGAGCAAUGGCUACAAAGCAUACGACCCAGAAACAGGAAGUAGCAGUGGCAUAAGGUACAGAAAAUUAAAUGAUCCAAAAGGGUGGGUCACCCUUGAUGAAAAUUCAGGAUCGAUCACAAUUUUCCGAAAUUUGGAUAGAGAAGCAAACUCCAUCAACAAUGGUGUAUAUAAUAUUACAGUCCUUGCAUCAGAUACAAAUGGAAGAAGUUGUACUGGAACCUUGGGAAUUAUCCUUGAGGACGUGAAUGAUAAUGGCCCAUUCAUACCUAGGACUAUAGUGACCAUCUGCAAGCCCACCAUGUUCUCCACGGAGAUUGUUGCUGUUGAUCCCGAUGAACCCAUAAACGGCCCACCGUUUGACUUUAGUUUGGAAAGUUCUGAUUCAGAAGUACGGAGAAUGUGGAGACUGACAAGAAUUAAUGACACAGCAGCACGUCUUUCCUACCAGAACGACCCUCCUUUUGGAUCCUAUGUGGUGCCCGUGCGGGUUACAGACAGACUCGGCCUGUCUUCCAUCAAUUCCUUGACGGUUCGGCUGUGCGAUUGCAUUACCGAAGCGGAGUGCGACGUUCGCUCCAUUGAGAGGCUGGGCGGUGGCUCAGUGAAACUUGGAACGUGGGCCAUCCUCGCAAUAUUGCUGGGCGUAGCGCUGCUGUUUUGUAUCCUGUUUACCUUAGUGUGUGCGGCUUCUAGAGCAACCAGAGAAGUCAAAGCGCUGCCUGAUGAUUUAGCCCAACAGAACCUGAUCAUAUCAAACACUGAAGCUCCUGGAGAUGACAAAGUGUAUUCCACAAAUGCCUUCACCACCCAUGCUGUGGGUGCUUCCGGUCAGGCAGCCUGUGGCCCGGUGGGAUCCGGAGUCAGAAAUGGCGGGCAAGAGACCAUAGAAAUGGUGAAAGGAGGACAGCAGACCUUGGAUGGCUGCCGCAGUGCCGGGCACCACCACACCCUGGACCCCUGCAGGGGAGGGCACGUGGAGAUGGAGAACUGUCGGUACACGUACUCCGAGUGGCACAAUUUCACCCAGCCCCGCCUCGGUGAGAAGGUGCAUCUGUGUGAUCAGGACGACAACCAUAAGCACGCUGCAGACUACGUCCUUACGUAUGACUAUGAGGGCAAAGGAUCGGUGGCUGGUUCCGUAGGGUGUUGCAGUGAUCGACAGGAUGAAGAUGGGCUUGAGUUUUUGGAUCAUUUAGAGCCCAAAUUUAAGACACUAGCAGAAGUGUGCAUGAAGAGAUGAACAUGUUCUAAUUAGUUAACAAAAGCCAGUGACAUUAGCAUCUAUUUCUUCUCCUUUUAAUUACAAACCAAGAUGUUUUUUUUUUUUAAAUGGAAGAUACUAUAUUUGGAGCUUUUCCCCUUUAUUUUUGUGGAAUCUCCUUGGCCAAAGAUACAUUUACAGAGUGACUAAAUUUUUUGAGUAGAUCACAGAUGGAAAAUUUAAGGAAAUUUGUGUUACUGUUUACAUUUGGACAUAAUGACAGCAGCCAACUUAUAGUGCAAUAAAAUUUAAUGAAUUCAAGUCUAUAUUUGUAGACUACUUGAAGAACAACCGUAUCGAAGAUUGUAGAGGAUGUUAUCUCCAGCUAACUAGUUAAUUGUUCAUAUGGUGCUUGGAAACUGGUUUUCCUAAAUAUUCUAAAGUGUAUAUACUGCAUGCCUGCUAUUUUAUUCUUGUAACAUGGCCUUUCUUCAUAAAGCAAAGGGAGAUUUCUAACCAGGCAUUGACUGUUAUUACAAUUCCAUUUUAGUACAGUUACUUUUAGGUUGUAUUCUAUGUAGAAUCCUGCACUGAAUGUAUGUUUUCCGUUACCUACUUUGUUAGUGAAAUUUAAAUUUCAAAAAUGCUUUCAGGGUGCAUUUUUAUUGCAAGUCUUUUGACUUUGUAAUGACUACUAAUCUGUCUCUCUCUGUUUCUUUCUGUAUCUCUCUGCCUCUUUCUCUCUCCAUCUCUCUCUGUCUCUCUUUCUGACAUAGAUAUAUACAAUUUCUUUCUCACCUAUGUGUGUUUAAAAUCUCUACUUGGGUUCAUGAAACCAAAUAUUUUAAAAAAUUGUCCCUCAUUUUUUGUCUCUUAGAAAGUGAAUUAUUCCUUGUUUAAUGUAAGCCUAUGUAUUCUUGGUAUUUUCUUUCUAAAAGAUCAAUGUAAUGUUGACUUUGUUGUUUUGAAUAUCUUGGUGAUUGCUUCAUUGCCUCCUCAACCUUUAAUUAAGCCAUUAAAAGUGUAGAACUGUGUCAUGAUUUUAUUAGGGGCAACAUUUUGUGUUAAUAAAAGAAAUGAUGUAAUUAGAAUUAGGAUGUGAUAUUUAGUGUGUAACAACACAUUUUUAGUUCAUAUCUUUAGUGGAGUUUUAAAUGGAAAAUAGUGAUGGCUUUUUGAAGUAAGCUUUGAAAUACAGGGAUCUUGAAUGCUAUCUAGAGUAACAUUUUUAUAACUUUUAAGAUGAGAUUACUAGUCAUUUCUAUAUAUUUGUAAAGUUACUGUUUAAUGUUUUGUGAUUAAGCUUUUAGCAGUAGCAUUGGCCAAACUAUUUAAAUUUUAAAACAAGAAGACAAAAUGAAACAUCAGCCAAUGAAAUCCAGGCCGGAUUUCAAACAUAUUUCAGUCAGCAGAUUCUCUAUGUCUGCUAACUGUGGAUAUUCUAAAUACAUUUUUAAUAUUUAUGAUUGUUAAUGAUGUAUCUGUCACAAAUUCACAAGGUUGGCUUGUCGUAAUUAUUGUUCAGAAGUACCUUAAUUAUUUCAUAACCAAUUAUUUGAAACUUAUCUUUUCAAUCGUUUCCUUUACUGCUCAGUCAAAAAUAAAGUCUCCUAGAGUUAUUUUUAAUAAAUUAUGUAUAAAAUUCUUGUCUAUUACCAGUUAUAUUAAAGUAAAUUAAAUAGUUUUUAGAAA